UCGGAGGGGGAAAAUUAUAGUUUUCAAGUCCCUCUGUGCAUUUUAAAAUGAACAAUCAGGUUUUUCUGAUAGGUACUUGAACGAGUGUUCAACGUUACUUCUCCUAGCUAUUAGGUUUCCUUGGAGGUUUUUUCCUACAUUCCCCACUUACAGUUCUUCAGAAACUUGCCAGGACCACAUAAGACCAAUGCUUUAAUUGUGACAAUAUUAACAAAAUAUACAUAUCUUAUGUUUAUAUAAUUUAUUUCAUCUAUAUUACCGGUACCUUUACGUCCCUCCACAAUUUUUAAUUUGAUAACAAUUAAAGGGCCACCAGACCCCCGAAUCUACUAAACAUACACAAAUCACCAUGUCCUCCAUCCUUCCCUUCACUCCGCCUGUGGUCAAACGCCUCCUGGGGUGGAAGAAGACUCCAACAGGAAGUGGAGGAGCAGGAGGAGGAAUUGGAGGAGUCGGGGAGCAGAAUGGAGGACAAGAAGAGAAGUGGUGUGAAAAGGCGGUUAAAAGCCUGGUGAAGAAGCUUAAGAAGACGGGUCAGCUGGAUGAGUUGGAGAAAGCAAUCAGCACACAGAACAGCAACACAAAGUGUGUCACAAUACCCAGCAAUUGCUCAGAACUUUGGGGUCUAGGCUCAGGCCAUACGAUAGAGCAGUGGGACUCUGCAGGCAUGUACGGAUACCCUGACCACAGCAGGUCACUAGAUGGGCGUCUUCAGGUGUCUCAUCGUAAGGGUCUGCCCCAUGUCAUUUACUGCCGGUUGUGGCGAUGGCCGGAUCUUCACAGCCACCAUGAGCUGAGGGCUAUUGACACAUGUCAAUAUGCAUUCAACCUUAAAAAGGAUGAAGUGUGUGUCAAUCCCUACCAUUACCAGAGAGUAGAGACACCUGUACUGCCUCCAGUGUUGGUGCCGCGCCACACAGAGAUUCUGACAGAGCUUCCGCCUCUAGAUGACCUUAUGAACUCCAUUCCUGAAAACACCAACUUUCCGGCAGGCAUCGAUCCUCCUAAUAACUACAUACCAGACACUCCUCCACCUGGCUACAUGAGUGAGGAUGGAGAGACCAAUGACCAGCAAAUGAAUCAAAGUAUGGAAUCAGGCUCACCAGCAGAAAUGUCACCCAGCAACCUGUCGCCUGUUAGUCACGGCCUGGACCUUCAGCCAGUCACCUACAGUGAACCGGCCUUUUGGUGCUCUAUAGCCUACUAUGAACUGAACCAGCGUGUCGGAGAGACGUUCCAUGCCUCUCAGCCGUCCCUGACCGUCGACGGCUUCACCGACCCUUCCAACUCUGAACGCUUCUGUUUAGGGCUUCUCAGCAACGUUAACAGAAAUGCAACUGUUGAAAUGACAAGGCGACAUAUAGGUCGUGGCGUUAGGUUGUAUUACAUCGGCGGGGAGGUUUUUGCAGAGUGCCUCAGUGACAGUGCCAUUUUUGUCCAGAGUCCCAACUGCAACCAGCGAUAUGGCUGGCACCCAGCCACUGUCUGCAAGAUACCACCAGGUUGUAAUCUGAAGAUUUUUAACAACCAGGAGUUCGCAGCUCUGCUGGCCCAGUCAGUAAAUCAGGGCUUUGAGGCGGUGUACCAGCUAACCAGAAUGUGCACAAUCAGAAUGAGCUUCGUCAAAGGCUGGGGAGCAGAGUACAGACGCCAGACGGUGACCAGCACUCCCUGUUGGAUUGAGCUGCAUCUCAACGGCCCCCUCCAGUGGUUGGAUAAAGUGCUGACCCAGAUGGGUUCGCCCUCGGUGCGCUGCUCCAGCAUGUCCUAAACAAAAGAGGUUCGCGUAAAGUCCAUGCUGACAUUUCUCAACGUUAAACAGUUUGUCCUAAAGG